AACCAAAGGAACCUCAUUUAUCACUGCUCUUAGAACUCAAUCUCAUCUCAAGCUCGCUGAAGCUCCUUCAAUGGAGGUCUUUCUCUCCGCGCCUCGAUGCUCUCUCGGAACUCUAAUGCCCUCGCUCUCCUCCAAGCCCGGCAAGACCCGAUUCUACAACGGAGCUCCAUUCCGGACCUCUCUCACCAGCGACUUCGUCGCCCCUUUCGUCGGCGGCGGCGUUACCAGUGAGUUUUCUGGCCAGAAGAUCCGUUCACUGUCCCUUCGGCCUUCCCCACCUGGCUCCCGUGGCAAGCGCAGCGUUGUCACUAUGGUCAUACCAUUUUUGAGAGGAAAUGCAUGGGAACAACCGCCUCCAGAUCUAGCAUCUUACUUGUAUAAGAACAGGAUUGUGUACUUGGGUAUGUCCCUUGUGCCCUCAGUUACAGAGUUGAUCCUAGCUGAGUUUCUUUAUCUUCAGUAUGAAGAUGCAGAAAAGCCAAUUUACUUGUACAUAAAUUCCACUGGCACGACCAAGGGUGGAGAAAAGUUGGGUUAUGAGACAGAGGCUUUUGCAAUCUAUGAUGUCAUGAGAUAUGUUAAGCCCCCAAUUUUCACACUGUGUGUGGGCAAUGCUUGGGGAGAAGCAGCUCUACUUUUGGCUGCUGGUGCUAAAGGAAAUCGAGCGGCUCUUCCGUCAUCCACCAUUAUGAUUAAACAGCCAAUUGCUAGAUUCCAAGGACAAGCCACAGAUGUGGAUCUUGCAAGGAAAGAAAUAAAAAAUGUGAAGAAUGAAUUGGUUUCCCUAUACUCAAAGCAUAUAGGAAAAUCUAAGGAGCAGAUUGAGGAAGACAUCAGGCGACCAAAAUACUUCAGUCCCAGUGAAGCAGUUGAAUAUGGUAUCAUUGAUAAGGUGCUGUACAACGAAAGAGGCCGAGAAGAUCGUAGUGUAGUGUCAGACCUUCGAAAAGCACAGCUUAUAUAAAGCUCAAAACAAGAGCCAGCCAUGUGCCAUGUCCAGAAUAUAGGUAGAAGCCACAUCUUCUGGUUAAAUUAUGGGAAAAAGAAAAGUUUAAAUUUUAGUUAAACAUAUUUAAUCAUUUGGCUAAUGUUUGUGGUCUUUAGUUUUGGGCUUUGCAUGAAUGAUCCAUCUCAUUUUGGUGUGACAGCCAUUUUCAUUUUCCAGUUAGCAAUGUACUUACAAUUCAUGCUUAUUGAGCUCAGGCAAGUAGCCACUGGUAGUAAAGCUGUAAAUUUGUGCUUUCAUGUUGCAAGUUCACAUUAUUUCUUUUUUUUUUUCUGUUGUAUUUUUCUUCAUAAUUAUGUUUUCUCUUUUCUUGGAUUA